ACUCGUGCUUAGCAAAUUUCCUUGAAUUGACAUAAACACAAUGAAUACAAUUCGACACGCUCUCGCGUUCGUAUAUAAUUAGCGUAAGUGGAUGUUUCUAUGCCACACGAAUUGUAAAUCCUACGAGCCUGCAUCUUUACUUCAGAUAAAAAUGGUUCGAGGACUGUUCGUGAUCGCCUUGGUGCUGCUGGCGGCCGCUGUCGUACAAAGUCAGAAUCAAUGGUUAGAACGCAGAGCAAUCAACGCACUCCUGCAUUUAGAUAGAGCGGACGCACAAGCGCAAGCGGCAGCACGCGCUUACGCGGAAGCAACCGCGGAAGCCACAUCACGCGCGGAAGCGUAUGCACGGGCGAUAGCGACCAUGGCCCAGGAUCGGCAAUACAGGCGUCAAACUAAUGUUAGGAUUUUGCUUGCAUCACGUUGACACGGUUGGAUCUAAUUUCUUUGCCAAUGACUAAGUAUAAUAUUUUACUGUAAUUAUACUUAUUUGCUGGAA